AUGAUUCUUGCUGAAAAGAUCAUUUUGUCACUGUUUUUUGGUGGGGUUUUUGUGCUAUUUCUGCAGCUAUAUGAUGCUUUGUUGUUAAAGCCAAGAAGUAGAAGAUUAAAGCUUCAAAUACAGGGGAUAAAAGGGCCUAUCCCAUCUUUGAUGUACGGAAACAUUGCUGAAUUGAAGAGAAUUCAACUUCAGAAGCGUCCGACUGGAGUGUCAGUUGAAGACAACCAGUUUGGUGGAAGAAGCGUUGUAGAACAUGCCUGGAUCUCUGCAGUCUUUCCACAUAUUGAGCAAUGGCGUAGAGAAUAUGGACCAACAUUCAUGUAUUCUACUGGGAACAUACAGAUACUUUGUGUUACGGAUCCGGAGAUGGUGAAAGAAAUAAGUCUUUGCACCUCUUGGAGUCUAGGUAAGCCUUCUUAUCUAUCGACAGAACGUGGCCCCCUGCUUGGCCGAGGCAUAUUAUCAUCCAAUGGUCAUUAUUGGGAUAUGCAAAGAAAGAUCAUUUCACCUGAAUUCUACCUCGAAAGAGUUAAGGGCUUUGUGACAAUGAUGGCAGAAUCCACAUCCACAAUGUUAAAAACUUGGGAGAGUAAAGCUGAAACCUGGGGAGGAAAAGUAGAAAUCAGAGUUGAUGAAGACUUGAGAAGUUUGUCAGCAGACAUUAUUUCAAGAUCUUGUUUCGGCAGCAACUAUGCCGAAGGGGAAAAAAUAUUUACCAAGCUUCAAACUCUUCUAAUGGUCAUGUCAAAGGGAAAUAUUGGAAUUCCUGGAUUAAGGUACCUUCCAAAUAGGCAUAACAAAGAGAUAUGGAAAUUGGAGAAAGAGAUAGAUUCAACUAUACUUGGGUUAGUCGAAAGGCGCAGUGAAGAUACCUGCGGUAAAGACCUUCUACAAUUGAUACUUAGUGCAGCCAAGAGUUAUGGAGACGAUAGCAACUUACCAGCAGACAUUACUCCUAACAAGUUCAUUGUGGAUAACUGCAAGAACAUUUAUUUCGCUGGCCAUGAAACUACUGCAAUUUCGGCAUCAUGGUGCUUGAUGUUACUUGCGGCCCAUCCAGAAUGGCAAGCUCGUGCGCGUGCUGAGGUUCUUGAAAUUUGUGGCAUGGGACUUCCGGCUGCAGAUACUCUUCGAAGCUGCAGAUACUCUUCGAAGCUUGAAAACUCUGACUAUGGUGAUUCUGGAGACACUACGUCUCUACCCCCCAGUAGCUUAUGUGGCGUCAACAUUCAGAUUCCUAUACCCAUUUUGCACCAGGACCCUGAUCUAUGGCACUCGGAUGUGCAUCAGUUCAAUCCAGAAAGAUUUGCUGAUGGAACUGCUGGGGCAUGCAAGAUUGCACAGGCUUAUAUGCCGUUUGGAUUGGGAAGUCGUACCUGUGCAGGCCAACACUUUGCUAUGGCUGAAUUGAAAGUAAUUUUGUCUCUCAUUCUGUCGAAGUUUAGCUUCUCUUUGUCCCUGGCAUAUCAGCACUCACCCGUAUUUAGAUUAGUUAUACAACCUGAACAUGGAGUCAAUCUCCAAUUUGAGAAACUGUGA